AUGUUUGUCGAAAAUCUGCUCAUAUCUAUCUAUCUAUCUAUCUAUCUAUCUAUCUAUCUAUCUAUCUCAAUCUGUCCCCGUCCUCGUCUGUCCAUAUCUAUCUAUCUAUCUAUCUAUCUAUCUAUUCUGUCUUUAUCUAUCUAUCUAUCUAUCUAUCUAUCUAUCUAUCUAUCUAUCUAUCUAUUACAUCUCCAUUAUUCUCUUCCCCUCCCUCCCUCCUUUAUUCCUCCUUCCUCCAUCUCCCCCUCUCUCACCCUUCUUGUCUCCCCCCGUCUGUCAUUUCAGAUCUUUAUUCCCCCUUCAUUAUAUCUUCCUAUAUCUUCCCAUCCUCUCAACUCCUUCCUCUCCUUCUCUCGUCCUCUCUCUCUCACCUUCCCCUCGCUCCCUCUUUAUUCCUCCUUCCUCCAUCUCACCCUUCUUCUGUCUCCCCUCCCUCUGUUAUUUCAGAUCUUUAUUCCCCCUUCAUUAUAUCUUCCUAUAUCUUCCCAUCCUCUUAACUCCUUCCUCUCCUUUUCUUGUCCUCUCUCUCUCCUUCUCCUCCCUCCUUCUUUAUUCCUCCUUCCUCCAUCUCCCCGACUCUCACCCUUCUUCUGUCUCCCCUCCCUCUGUCAUUUCAGAUCUUUAUCCCCCCUUCAUUAUAUCUUCGUAUAUCUUCCCAUUCUCUUAACUCCUUUCUCUCCUUCUCUCGUUCUCUCUCUCUCCUUCCCCUCCCUCCUUCUUUGUUCCUCCUUCCUCCAUCUCCCCUCUCUCCCCCUUCUUCUGUCUCCCCUCCCUCUGUCAUUUCAGAUCUUUAUUCCCCCUUCAUUAUAUCUUCCUAUAUCUUCCCAUCCUCUCAACUCCUUCCUCUCCUUUUCUCGUCCUCUCUCUCUCCUUCUCCUCCCUCCUUCUUUAUUCCUCCUUCCUCCAUCUCCCCGACUCUCACCCUUCUUCUGUCUCCCCUCCCUCUGUUAUUUCAGAUCUUUAUUCCCCCUUCAUUAUAUCUUCCUAUAUCUUCCCAUCCUAUUAACUCCUUCCUCUCCUUCUCUCUCUCUCUAUCUCCUUCUUUAUUCCUCCUUCUUCCAUCUCCCUCUCUCACACUCCUUCGUUAUUCCCCCUUCCACUAUCUCCCUUCAUCUAUCUCUCCUCCCUCUCUUACUUCAUCUCCCUACGUUUCUUCUAUCUCUCUUCUCUCUCAUUCCUUCCAUCUCCUUCGCUUCACCUCUCCACUUUAUCUUCUUCUCCUCUCUCACACCGCCACCUCGUUAA